UAAGAUCAUCCCUUUUAAUGCUCCAUCCAAAAAUAACAGAAAUUUUAAGAAAAUUAUGGAAGCUCAUAAUAAAUUUCUCACAUAUGUUACCCUUUUGACUGUCACUUGCUAUGUAGCCUACGCUACUGAUCCAACCCAACUGCAAGAUUUUUGUGUUGGAGUAAACAACCCUAUUGAAGGAUUGUUUGUGAAUGGAUUGUUCUGUAAAGAUCCAAUGAGGGCGAAUCCUAACGACUUCUUCUUCGAAGGACUAGAUGUUCCCGGCGACACCGACAACAAGCUAGGCUUUGUCGCAACACAAGUAACAGCAGCCAACCUACCGGGGCUUAACACUCUUGGUAUAUCCAUUGCUAGACUUGAUUUUGCACCAUAUGGUCUUAACCCUCCACACACACACCCUCGCGCUACUGAAAUCUUUACAGUGUUAGAGGGAGCAUUUUAUGUUGGUUUCGUGACCUCGAAUCUGGCUAACGCUAAAAAUAAGCUAUUUGCCAAGUUGCUUAACAAGGGAGAUGUAUUUGUUUUCCCUCAAGGUCUCAUACAUUUUCAGCUUAAUGUUGGUCACACACCCGGUUUCGCACUUGCAGCGUUAAGUAGCCAGAACCCAGGUGUGAUUACAAUAGCUAAUGCUGUAUUUGGGUCACAACCUCCUAUUUCUGUUGACGUUCUUACUAAGGCUUUCCAGAUUGAAGGUAAUUUAGUCAAGUAUCUUCAAGCUCAGUUUGGUGCGGGUAACUACUAGAUAUAUAAUGUCAUGUAGUUUGUUUAAUUCUCUUAAGAAGGUCUAAUUUUGGACUUGUUUGAUAAAAUAAAUGGUGUUAUAUAAAGUAUUUCAGCUUCUCAUGUGCUUCGCUUAAUUAGAAUGUUUGCGAAAGCCUUGUAAUAGUACGAAAACAUAUACCUGUUGUGUAAUAAAGCAACAACGUUGGAUGA